GCAUGGGAUAAUGGAAGCUAUGGGAGUCCCCACUACGAUUCAAGCGGCCAAAGCGGCUCUCCGGAAGGACAUGAAGGCCAUCUUGAAGAGCUUAUCCCCCGAAUCCAAGGCUGAGCAAUCGAAAAUCGUAACCCAGCGAGUUCUUAACCAUGCGCAUUAUGUCAAUGCUCGAAACCUGGCUAUUUAUUUGAGCAUGAACGACGAGAUCAAUACUCAAAGUCUACUCAAGGAUGCCUUAUCGUCCGGGAAGAAGUGCUUUGUGCCCCGAUAUUUCGCAGAUGGGCGAGCCAUGGAUAUGGUGGAAUUGAUGGAUCUGGACGAUUACGACCGUCUCCCUCUCACCCGUUGGAACAUCAAACAACCUCAUGAGCAGGAUACUCAUCGACCAGAUGCCUUGAAGUCCGGAUUAGACUUGAUCCUGGUACCCGGGUUGGCAUUUACUGCGUCGGGUCAACGCCUAGGACGAGGCAAAGGCUAUUAUGAUACCUAUCUGCAAAAGUGCAAGUCCAUCUUAAGCCCCGGUCCUCAAACCCUGGCCUUGGCUUUCCAGGAACAGAUUGUGGACCAUAUACCCACGCAUGACCACGACCAAUCUCUGGACGCGGUUAUUGCUCCUAAUUUGUGAUAUUUUUCAUGUCAUUGUACUUAAAAAAAAAAUGAAAA